CUCCGUGUUCACCUCUUCGCACCACCCACAACACGGGAAGCAGCUCUCUGAUCUUCUGUCACUUGCAACCGUAGUGUGCAGAGCAAAGUAGUUUCCUCACAUUCAUCCAUCAAUGGCGACCUCCAUGGUUUGCCUGGUUGCGCUCUGCCUCGUGUCUCCGUUGCUCCUCGCCGGCGCCGUGGUCGGCAACCCGGGUUACGGCGGCCUGUUCCCGCAGUUCUACGACCACUCGUGCCCCAAGGCCAAGGAGAUGGUGCACUCCAUCGUGGCGCAGGCCGUGGCCAGGGAGACCAGGAUGGCCGCCUCCCUCGUCAGGCUGCAUUUCCAUGACUGCUUCGUCAAGGGGUGCGACGCGUCCGUGCUGCUUGACAACAGCACCAACAUCAUCAGCGAGAAGGGGUCCAACCCCAACAAGAACUCUCUCAGGGGCUUCGAGGUCGUCGACCAGAUCAAGGCCGCCCUCGAGGCCGCCUGCCCCGGCACCGUCUCCUGCGCCGACAUCCUCGCCCUCGCCGCCCGCGACUCCACCAUCCUCGUUGGUGGGCCUUUCUGGGACGUGCCGCUCGGGCGGAGGGACUCUCUUGGCGCCAGCAUCCAGGGCUCCAACCAAGGCAUCCCGGCACCCAACAACACCCUCCCCACCAUCAUCACCAAGUUCAAGCGCCUGGGCCUCAACGUCGUGGACGUCGUCGCGCUCUCCGGCGGCCACACCAUCGGCCUCUCCCGCUGCACCAGCUUCCGGCAGAGGCUGUACAACCAGUCGGGCAACGGCCUCGCCGACGGCACGCUGGACGUGUCCUACGCGGCACAGCUGAGGCAGGGGUGCCCGCGCUCUGGUGGCGAUGACAACCUCUUCCCGCUCGACAUCGUCAGCUCCACCAAGUUCGACAACUACUACUUCAAGAACAUCCUGGCCGGCAGGGGCCUCCUGAGCUCCGACGAGGUGCUGCUGACCAAGAGCGCCGAGACGGCGGCGCUGGUGAAGGCGUACGCCAACGACGUGCACCUCUUCUUCCAGCACUUCGCGCAGUCCAUGGUGAACAUGGGCAACAUCACCCCGCUCACCGGGUCGCAGGGGGAGAUCAGGAAGAACUGCAGGAGGCUCAACAACUUCCACUAAUUAAGUUGCUGAAAAAUGCUAGCUGCUUCAUUUGUGUGUUGCCUUGAUUUUUCUUUCCUUUCUUUGUAAUAAGCAAGUGUGGUUGUGUGCUUUGGAAUUCCAGAAGAUUGUGCCUUGUGAUCGAGCCCCAACUUCAUAAUUGAUCAUGCAUACAUCUUGUCUGGAUAA